GCGGCGCGGCGCCGGCGGACGGUAGGAGAGGGGCGGCGGCGGGGCCCACGCGUGUCCGCGGCGCCCGCUGCGCGCCGGCAGCCCCUCUGCCGUGCUGGCGAGCCCAGCAGGGGCCCCACAGCCCCGCCGCCGUCCCUGUGUUGCCGCCGGGCCGGCUGUGGAGCCGAGCUCGGUGUUUCCCACCCCCUCUCCCACUCAGGGCCUCCCGUGGGGUGGUGCGGCGCCGCCUCCUGUCAGCUCAGCCGCAGCCUGAGGGCCGCACCGCCUGCCGUGGGCUAGGCCGCCGGUGGCAGCGCUGGCCCAUCCCGCGUGGAAAGGCCUUUGGGGGUGCCAAUGGAGCAGGCGCUCAGGUCCGGUGUGUGGAGGGCCCUGGGGCUGUCGCCCGCCAGCCGCUGGUGGUGGGGGGUGAGACACGGCUCCACGCGGGAGCAGCGGCCCCCGCACUUCGCACCGCCUGCCGUGCGUGGGGAUGAGGAAGGGCUACCCCGAGGUGGGGAUGGCGGCGGUCAGCUUCAUGCACCAGCCCUCCCGGAGGGUGCUCAGCCAGUGACCCCCCCCCGUGCCUCCCGUGGGGGCCUGGCUCCACAGAGCCGGCCACGACCGUGGCACAAGGCGUACGAGAGCAGAGUCAGGCAGGCUGUGACAGCCAGCAGGGAGUCGUGGAGCUGGCGAGAGGAUGACUUCUCAAAGGCAAGGAAGAGCCUGGAACGGAAGCCUCUGUCCAUCGAGAGGACUAAAGGCUCAGAGAUCUUGUUUGGGAUUGCACCCUGUUCCCUGGCCCUCUCCCAGUCGAGAAGGGACCUGUUCAGGUUGUUCCUCAAGGAGAACAGCGGCUCUCGGCGGCGUGUUAUGAGUGAGUUUGUCCUUCAGGCCAUGGCCCGGGGAGUCCCUGUGCACCACGUCAAAAGGAGAGAGCUGGAUGCUCUUUGCAGAGGUCAGGUCCACCAGGGAGUUUGUUUGGAGGCCACUCCUCUCCGUUUCAAGAGUUUGGAGGAAGCUGAGAAGCCUGAUUUGGGGGAUGAAGAGAGUCCGAACCGACAGCUGAUUUGGCUGGUGUUGGAGCAGAUUCAGGAUCCCAUGAACCUUGGGGCACUGCUGCGCUCUGCCUAUUUCUUGGGGGUGGACAGAGUGGUGACAAGCCAGAGGAACAGCUGCCCCUUGACUCCAACAGUGAGCAAAGCUAGUUCUGGAGCCAUGGAAGUCUUCGAUGUCUACAGCACAGAUGAUCUCCGUGGCUUUUUGAAGGCUAAAACUGCGGAAGGCUGGGAAGUCGUGGGAACGGUCAGCCAGCCUGAGGAUGUGGAAAAUGUUCCUGUCAUCAGUUGCUUGGAAUUUCAGUGGAAUAAACCCGUCAUUAUAGUAAUCGGUAGUGAAGGUGACGGACUUUCCCUAGAGACGCAGCUCUUGUGCCAUCGGAUGCUGGCCAUACCCCCUGGCAGAGCGCUUCACCCCGGGAUCGAGUCACUGAACGUCUCUGUUGCUACUGGUAUUCUCCUGCACUCCAUCUGCAGCCAAAAGCUGAAGCAUGGUGACUGAAGUUUUCUGUUAUUUGGCGGGGGAAGCUGCUCGGCGUUUUGUGGCUGUGCUCUGUUGGUGUGGAUGCGGAAGUGCUCUUUCCAGGGUCUUCACCGUUGCAGCAAGUUACAGGGAGAGCCCCAUUGGCCUGAGCCGGAUCUUGUCUGACGCACAGUACCACCCGAACCCUGGCUUAACGCUGAAGUCGGAGACCUGCAGGUACUAGGUGACACCUCCCACCGGCACCUUGGAGGACCGGCUGUAAGGAAGGGAGACAAAGCUAGGUUUUAAAAGCAGACAGCCAAAUCCUUUGGUUUUUGCAGUGAAAUACCACCCGGUGAUGGCUGCAAGCCUUGUGCUUGUUGCGCCGGGGGCUUUGUACGUUGCUUGUGCUGUGGAGAGAAUUUGGGCUGGGGGUGAGAGAGGGUGCUCGGCUGGUGCUGCCGUUGAGAGCAGCCGUGCCCGAGCCCACCGCCCCCCCUUAGCAGCCAAGAGGGUGCUGGUGAGAACCAGGUGCGAUUUGGGACUACUCGGUAGCAAUUUCUUCAUGCCGAGGUGGUUUCUUUGUUGCAUAUUGCUGCUUGAAUGUCUGAAAACACACCCUGUUGUAUUUGGUUGUGAACCAGGUCUGCAGCCCUGCCGAAGGAUGGACAUGAGCUGUUAGGAAACAGCUGUAGCAGAGAAAAACGCGUCCCAUUGAAAUAAAGCCUCUGUAAAGAUU